AGCAUCCAAAUGUAAAUCACAUGACCAUGGGGAUGCUACUAGUCAUAAGUGUGAAAAAUGGUCAUGUCACUUUUUUCAGUGUCGUCGUAACUUUGAACCAUCACUAAGAGACCUGUUGCAAAUCAAGGACUACCUGUAUAGACUACAAGCCCUAUGAAUCUACCUUUGACUUCUAGCUGUAUCUGGUUUCCAUUACAAUCUUUUUCUCCUAUUAUCAUUACAUUUGCUUUUUGGAAAGUUCCCCCAAGUUUCCUGCAUACCUAUAUCAAAAUCAGAAUAGAGCUAGAAGGGACCUUGGAAGGCUUCGUCCAGCCCGCUGCUCAAGCAGGAGAUCCUAUAUAGAUACCUCACUUUCCGUCCAUCGCUCCGCAAGCUUGGCACGCAGGACCCGCUAGAGGGCGCCCUUUGCAAACAAUCAUUGGAUUCAGGCGAAUUGCUUUUGCAAGCUCCAAAGAAGCAUCUCACCCGAUGCUUGCAAAGGGAGGGCAGGAAGUGACUGUUUGCACGCCGAAGGACCGCUUUUCCAGGAAGCAGCGUCCUGUCCAAACGCUGGACCGAUCCUGCAGACGGCUUCGUCCUUCCUUCGGGUAAUCUCAGUCUCCAGAUCUGGAGAAGCGUCCUUCUUGAAAACCCCCAAGAUUUCAGCUACUCAUUUGCACCCCUUUUAGGGGGUCCAUAGGACGCUCAUCUCUGCAAAGAGAACCUCUUCUGGGUUAAAGAUUCAGUUCUGCACCAGCUCUCUCCUGAGGAUCUCUUAUCGGCCUUGCAGUCAUAAAAUGUGUGGACGGAUGAAUGUGAAUUUUAAACAAAUUGAAUAAUGAAAGAAAGUUCUUCCCGUUGUGUUGGAUUGCUGGAUUACUGAAUGUACUUUCCAUAGAAGCUAAUCAUUCAAAGGAGAAAUAUGUCAUUCUCCAAGAUGGCAGAAGGUGACUCUCCUUACCAUUCUGCUCCCAUGAAUAAAAGUGGCCUUGUAGAUUCGGAGGAGCCUUUGGAUUUGUUUGGACAAGCAGCAAGAAUCAAACAGAACAUUCUGGAAGAAGCAGCCACACAUUGUGUUGCCCAGUGUUGCCCUUUUAGGGAGCUCUGUUGCCAGGAAGCUGAGGGACUCCAAGUCAUAUGCAGCCAACUCCAUCAUCUUUAUGAUCAGUGGCGGAAACAAGAGGGCCGCAUGAAAGCUCAGAUGGUAAUCCUGCAGCUCUACACCCCACCCACUGAGGUGGAGAGCUGUGUCUGGAUGCAUGGAGCAGGGUCCAAGUCCCAGGAAGUGACCUUAGCCGAAGGUUUCCUCCUGAGCCAUGUGGAGCAGAAAAUUCAGCCAAAGCAGCAGAUUCAUCAGCAUUUCAUGGAGGUGGUCACUCAUGGUUCUAAAGCAUCAGGAGAUGCAUCACAUCUCCCUCAACAAAUAGUCUUUGGGGGAAUCCCCAAAGAGGACCUAUCUCAGAAGUCAACAUCAGAAAACGGAACAAUGGUGAUUAUACCAAUGGAAAGGUCUUCUCUUUGUGGUGGAGCAGAAACUGUGGCUGGACUUCCAACUCAGAUCCCUGUGUCCUUUGAAGAUGUAGCUGUGUUUUUCUCUGAGGAGGAGUGGGCUCUGCUGGAUUUUGACCAAAAAUCCCUGUACAGAGAGGUCAUGCUGGAAAAUGCUAAGAAUGUGGAGUCCAUGGAUGACAGGGAAGAGCCUGAAGAUUAUAAAGAACCAGGUGUGAAUUCACUGGAAAGGACUGAGACUACAAAAGGGAUAUUUCAAAAUCGGAAGAAACCAAAUGUGACUGAAGAAAACUGGUUGAAUAAUAGGAAGGGAAAAUCGUCUAUUUUUCAGUAUAGAGAAAAUUGCAACUUCAAUAUCCAACCUCACAAAGAAAAAAGAAGCUGUUUAAAGGGUAGGAAAACAUUCAGCAAUAAAUCAGUCAUCUCUGAAUGUAGUAGAAUCCAUUCUAAAGAGAAGCAGGUUGAAUGCAGGGAACAUGGAAAAAAAAGAUUUGAAUCUAGAUCUUCCUUUACAUCAAAGCAUUGA